CAAAAACUCUUCGCUUCUAAACAGAUAACAUAAUUAAUUACACUCACUUCCCAUUCCAACACACACAUGGCAUCCAUUCCCCUCCUCUCGCCACCCGCCGCCGCCACCGCCACCGCCGCGGCUACCGGCAGCAACCAAGCCUGUCCCCUUCCCCUCUCCCCACUCUACUCCAAGUCCCACCGUCGACUCACACGCCUUCACGUGUCCUCCCCAACCAACAACCCCCGCACGGCCGCCACCCCCACCACUUCCCCCGGCUCCGGCGAGACCAUAUUCUUCGACGGCGGGGCCCACUACGGCGACCUCGCGGCGAACCUGCUUCUUGGAUUCACUCUGUUCUGGCUCCCCCUAACCCUAGCGGCAGUGUCGCGCGCCAUGUACCUGCGGUACAGGUUCACGAACCUGAGGGUGACGGUGAUCUCGGGGCUGACGGGUGAGGACCGGAGCGACUUUGGGUACAGCGUGAUAAAGGACGUGCAGGUGGUGCCACGUUUCAUCGGAGAGUGGGGUGACGUUAUCAUAACCCUGAAGGACGGAACGAAGGUGGACCUUAGGAGUGUCCCUAAAUUUAGAGAGAUCGCCAAGUACUGCCUCGAAAUGGCGCAGAAAUCCCAAGGUUUGAAGGAAACUGGACCCAAAGGUUUUUAGUUUCCUUUCUCCUUUCUCCUUCUAUUCUUCUGCUGCACCAUCUCUAACACCUUUCCCUUUUUCUAUACUUCAUGUAAAUUUCUAUUCCAUUUUCUUCUGUCAAAUUGCAUUAUUCCAGUUUCAGUGGUGAGUGAGUGCAACUGUGCAAAUAUAAGAUGUAGUAGCUACCAAUUAUAUCGUAUUUAAUCAUAAAAUUAAAAUAAGAUUUUAAUUAA